AUGGACAUCAGCCCAGGCACCUGGAAUGCAUCCUCUGGGGGCCCAGGCACCCUGUCUGGCCCCUGGUACAGCACACACCAGACUCAGCUCUUGGGAGUUUUACUUGCUGCUGCUUCAAAUUUUCUCAUCAGUGUCUCUUUGAGUGUACAGAAAUGCGCUCAUCUCCGACUGGUUUGCCAAGCAGAGCAGAAGCCCUACUACAGGAGCAAGCUGUGGUGGUGUGGGAUUACCCUCCUGGGGCUUGGAGAGGUGGGCAACUUCACAGCCUAUGGAUUUGCCCCCAUUACUCUUGUGGCUCCACUGGGAUGUGUUUCUGUUGUAGGUAGUGCAUUUAUUUCUGUCUUUUUCCUAAAGGGGAACAUGAGGACUGCUGAUAUAUUGGGAGGAGCGCUAACAAUAACAGGGAUAUACCUUUUGGUGACAUUUGCUCCAAAUGUACCUCAAGAGCUCACAGCAAGACAAGUGCAGAAUUACUUAGUGAGCUGGCCUUUUUUGGUAUAUUCUAUUUUAGAAAUUAUAAUAUUCUGCAUUCUCCUCUAUUUUUACAAAAGAAGGGCUGUGAAACACAUCAUGGUUUUGUUAAUGAUGGUAGCUCUACUGGCAUCACUGACUGUCAUUGCUGUUAAGGCUGUAUCCAGCAUGAUAGCACUUUCUGUGAACGGGAAAAUGCAGCUAACUUACUCCGUUUUCUAUAUCAUGAGUGUUUUAAUGGCAAUUUCUUGUGCUUUCCAAAUCAAGUUCUUGAAUCAAGCAAUGCAUCUGUAUGAAGCAAGAGCAGUUGUCCCCAUUAAUUUUGUGUUCUUCACCACCAGUGCCAUAAUUUCAGGGGUCAUAUUUUAUCGGGAAUUCCAAAGUGCAGCUUUUCUGAGCGUGUUCAUGUUUCUCUUUGGGUGUCUCCUAUCUUUCCUUGGUGUGAUUAUAAUUGCAAGAAAUAAAAAAGAGGAGCAUUUACAAAUUCCUUUUAUUGACUGUGGACAUAUUCCUGGACAAAAACUGACAGGCAAAAUACAACCAGAUUCUCACAGUUCAUGCUAUGGCACACUGAAUAAGGAAGAUGACUCAGUGAAAAGGCAAGGCUGAAAGAAGAAAGCACUUUACAUGCCAAGUAACAGGAGGAACACCACUGGAACAAG